AUGGACGACCUUACAAAACAUUGGAGCUCUCUAUCCCUUUCAGAGAGAGAGGGUGCAGGUCUCAAGUUAAAGAAAGAACAAGCAGCAGAUGUUUUCACCAUUGCAGCUAAAUUCUUUACUAAGCGUGCUCUGAAUAUUGAUGCCAUAGCAAGAACCUUCUCGCCCUUAUGGAGAUCAAAAAAGGGUUUUAGCAUCAAGAAUAAUGGAGAUCAUAUCAUCCUGUUCUCUUUUGAUAAUGAAGCGGAAGUAGAUAGAAUUCUUUCGUUGGAACCGUGGUGCUUUGACAAAUUUCUAAUGGCCUUCUCAAAAGCCAGUAAGGAAACGGCGCUAGAGGUAUGUAAUUUUAACCAAGUCUCCUUCUGGGUUCAAGUCUACAAUAUACCAUUAUGUUACAGGAACAAAGAAGUUGCAGAACAAAUAUGUGGAGCAAUUGGGAUCAUACAACACCCAAAGGAUUCCCCUGACUGCGACGGAGGCAGCUUUAUUAGAGUCAGAGUGUCCAUCAACAUUUCUCUACCUCUUUGUCGUGGUAGACUCAUCACCCUGGAUGACGACAGAGAACAAUGGGUUUCUUUUAAGUACGAGAGACUCCCCAAUCUCUGUUACUGGUGUGGCCGACUCACUCACUCCGAUAAGGACUGCGAGAAAUGGAUCGAUAGUGAGGGCUCCUUGCAACAGGAAGACUAG